CAGAUUUCCCGCGCCAUUUUGUUAGAGCCGCCGCCGGUGUGCUUUUGUCUUUCUCCCCUCAGAAAAUCUCAGAUUUUCGCGAAAAAUGGCUGACAAGGAGGGACUCGAGCAGACGGGCGUAUUGCCGACCCAUGGCUGCUCAAUCGUCUGAGCAAGCUUUCGAUGAUGCAGUUGAGGAAAGGAUAAUCAACGAGGAGUACAAGAUCUGGAAGAAGAACACCCCGUUCCUGUACGACCUGGUCAUGACCCACGCGCUGGAGUGGCCCAGUCUCACCGCCCAGUGGCUACCUGAUGUCACCAGACCAGAGGGGAAGGACUACUCCAUCCAUCGUCUGAUCCUGGGGACCCACACCUCUGACGAGCAGAACCACCUGGUGAUCGCCAGCGUACAGCUGCCGAACGAGGACGCCCAGUUUGACGCCACGCAGUACGAUAGCGAGAAAGGUGAAUUUGGUGGGUUUGGGUCGGUCAGCGGGAAGAUUGAAAUCGAGAUCAAGAUCAACCAUGAGGGUGAGGUGAACCGGGCGCGCUACAUGCCCCAGAACCCAUGUGUCAUCGCCACCAAAACUCCCUCCAGUGAUGUGCUGGUGUUCGACUACACCAAGCACCCCUCCAGACCUGACCCCAGUGGAGAAUGCUGCCCAGACCUCAGGCUGAAGGGACACCAGAAAGAAGGGUACGGGCUGUCAUGGAACCCCAACCUGACUGGUCACCUCCUCAGCGCUUCAGACGACCAUACCAUCUGCAUGUGGGACAUCAACCAGUCGCCCAAGGAGAACCGGUCACUGGAUGCCAAAACCAUCUUCACUGGCCACACUGCUGUGGUAGAGGAUGUGUCCUGGCACUUACUGCAUGAGAGUCUGUUUGGCUCCGUAGCCGAUGACCAAAAGCUGAUGAUCUGGGACACCCGAUCUAACAACACCAGUAAGCCCAGCCACACUGUGGAUGCACACACCGCUGAGGUGAACUGCCUGUCCUUCAACCCUUACAGUGAGUUUAUCCUGGCCACGGGGUCUGCAGACAAGACUGUUGCCCUGUGGGACCUGAGAAACCUGAAGCUCAAGCUACACUCCUUUGAGUCACACAAGGAUGAAAUCUUCCAGGUGCAAUGGUCCCCUCAUAAUGAGACCAUCCUGGCAUCCAGUGGGACAGACAGACGACUCAACGUGUGGGACCUGAGCAAAAUUGGUGAGGAGCAGUCAGCCGAGGAUGCUGAGGAUGGCCCACCAGAGCUUCUGUUCAUCCAUGGCGGCCACACAGCGAAGAUUUCGGACUUCUCCUGGAACCCCAACGAACCCUGGGUCAUCUGCUCUGUCUCCGAGGACAACAUCAUGCAAGUCUGGCAGAUGGCAGAAAACAUCUACAACGAUGAAGACCCGGACACCCCAGCGACAGAACUGGAGGCUACGGCACAGGCAGCGCAGUAACUUGACAGCGUAGAUCUCUCUGUAACAUGUAAUACUCCUGGUACAGGCACACAGAUUUUGUAUUACUUCAUUUUAAACCCCUCUUCUUCAAGAGUAAGUCUGUAGCUGAAUUGACAAGAACAUACAAAUUUCUUCACUGCUUUAACCAACAUUAUAAUAUUGUGACAAAAUAUGUACUAAAUUUUACUCAGAAACCAAUCUUAGCUUGAAGUAUUCAACAUCUUUCUCAUUUCUGGCACUACAAUAAUGAUAUGGAGUAUUUGGACAGGUUUGUCAAUGCCACAGUUACAUGUUAGUGUGUAUAUAUAGAUAUUGGACAAGCAACACCUUGAAUUAGUGGGACAUUUCAAGAAGAACAAGUAAAAUGAUGUAUUUGAAAACCCCAUAACGGUCCUGUUAUGUAUGGUAUUUGUGGUGUUUUACAAUCCCCCAUUAUGAUCCACCAUCGUGUAAAGCAUACAUUUGGCUUUAGGAAAAAUGAAGAAAACUUGAUGGGUUUUUAGCAGAAUUUUCUAAACAUUUCUAUCACUGUAGACCAUUGGACUUGGCCUGCGUUGCAGCAAAAUGGUUGACCUUACAGUUAGACUUCUUUAUUAUUAUAGGAUAUAUAAACUAUACCUUACUCUAGAGGAACAUUCCAUAUUGGUUGUAUGAAGAGGAGCUGCAAGGAAAAUGUGAAAAGAAGUGCCAUGAUGAUGUCCUCUUGUACUGUAUAGACCUCCAUUUCCUGUAGUCCCUGUAACAGCAGUGCAAGCAAUAAAAUAUCAAGUCUUUGUAA